CUCACUGCUAAGUUGACUUCAGUGUUUAGUGUCUGAACGAAAUUGAUAAAAUCAAGACGAAAAUUGAUCAACUCAAUAAACUGUACUUGAGUGCUUAAGAUUUACUUAGAAUUGAAACCUAGUGCUACAAUUGCCAAGAUGAUGUUUCUAAAUACUUGGACGGUAGCGAUGGUUGUAGUUACCAUUAUAUUAACAAUGUUUCAGCCGACAUCGGCUGGACUCGGUGACUUUGUUAGCGGAUUAAUAGGAUCCGCUCUCACUACAAGCAGCAAUUGUAUGUUUACUAGGUGUUCGAGGAGUCCAAAAUGUCCUCGUAAUUUCGAUACAAUUACAAAAACGCGCUUUGGUUGCAAAUCAUCGAAAAAAAAGAAAUAUUGUUGUCAACCCGAUUGUUUCUUCACUGGCUGUACCGCCACGUUGACUUGUCCGCAAUUCCAUCGCAGAUUGGAUAUUAAUCGAAACGGAUGUACGCGAUCUACUAAUAAAGUGUAUUGUUGCAGAGAGAAUAAAUUACCGACCUGCUUCAAGUUGACUUGUCCAAUCAAAUCUGAGAAGCAAAAAUCAUGCCCGACCGAUUACAGCGAAGUGAAUCGGGUGAGAGACGCCUGUGCAUCGGGUAGAGGUGACAAGAUAGAGUGUUGUAAGACGAGUCACAAUAUAGGUGGUACUAGUGGAAAUGAAGGUGUUAACCCAAAUCUUAACAACAAUGUGUAUCGAGGCCUAAAUCCAAAUCUUGUUUAUGGAAACCAGAGUUUUAACCCGAAUCUUGGCUUCAAUGGAAACCCAGGCUUCAGCCCAAAUCAUGUCUUUAAUGGAAACCAGGGAUUUAACCCAGGUCCUGCGUUCAAUGGAAAUCCAGGCUUUAACUCAAGUUCUGGAAAUCAAGUUGGCAACCCAAAUCCCGUUGGAGAUCAAUUCGGUAGCCCGAAUCCCGUUGGAAGUCAAGGCGUCAACCCUUAUCCUGUUGGAAGUCCAGUCGUUUACCCAAAUACAGCUGCAAAUCAAGGCGUUAACCUGACUCCUGGCUUCAAUGAAACUCUAGGCUAAAAUUCCAAGCAAUUCAUGUUGUAAAUCGCAUUCUUCAGUCACAGCAUUUUUCGCAUAAAUUUGUUUCGUUUGUUACGAGUGAAAAUAAACUUUAUGUCACAGAAAUUAUUUUUAAAAGUGGAGACUACGGUCGAUGCGAAUUGCUACAUUGUUAGAGCUAUUGGUAAAUAAAAUCGAUAAAAUCGAACA